AUGGCAGCCGCUGUCAGCCUGAUGCCGACGGCCAUGGGUGCCCAGGCUCCCAAUCCAGAAGAAAGACAAGAUCUUCCUCGACCCUACAAAUGCCCUCUUUGCGACAGAGCCUUCCACCGCCUGGAGCACCAAACCCGACAUAUCCGUACGCACACUGGAGAGAAGCCUCACGCCUGCCAGUUCCCCGGCUGCAGCAAGCGGUUCAGUCGAUCCGACGAGUUGACUCGACACUCGCGCAUACACAACAAUCCCAACUCGCGAAGAAACCAGAAGACUCACCAAGUCGCCGCCGCCGCCGCUCUCGCCGGCCUCCAGGAUGGCUCCAACCAAAACUUCGCUUCACAGGCUCAGAUGAUGCCGCCGCCUAGCAAGAACAAUAUGCCUCGGUCCGCCCCUACUUCUGCUGUUGGCUCCCCCAAUGUCUCCCCGCCUCAUUCUUUUGCCGUUCAAGUCCCUCACGGCGGUCAGAUGUCAUCUCAUCUUGGACUCUUUGGUCGUAGCGACGACCGGAACUCGAUGGACAUCAAUCUCCUGGCGACCGCGGCAUCUCAAGUGGAGCGAGACGAGCACGUCACGAGGGUUCCCUACCAGCAUCAGCACCAUCUGUUCAGCCAUCGAUCGCACAACACCAACGGACGUUUGCCCUCGCUAUCGGCAUACGCCAUCUCGCACUCCAUGUCGAGAUCACACUCCCAGGAAACCCAUGAUGACGACCACCGAGUCAAGCGCUCGAGGCCAAGCUCGCCCCAUUCAACAGCCCCUUCUUCCCCCACCUUCUCUCAUGAGUCGAUAUCGCCCACUCCUGACCAUACACCGCUUGCCACUCCAGGACAUUCGCCACGUCUGAGACCUCACGGCAGUGACCUACAGCUCCCAGGACUGCGCCACCUCUCGCUUGGACACACCCCUCUACUGGCGCCCAUGGAGCCGCAAGCUGAUGGAUCCUACUCUCACAUCCCCCCUCCGCAACACUCGGGCCCAUCGAUAGCAGAUAUCGUCACUGGAGCGCAACGAAAACUACCCGUGCCGCAGCUCCCGAAGAUAGGUGUGGCCGAGAUGCUUCAUCUACCAAGCGGUCUAAGUUCAGGAGAAUCGAGUACAGCAGCAUCGAUCAAUGGCGACUUCUCGAGGUGA